AUGAAAAAAAUAAUCAAGGAAAGAAAAAUUUUACCAGAACAAGUAAUAUGAAUUGAAACACCCUCAAUUCAAACUUUUUUAUUUUUUUAGUCAAGAAUUAUUUCUUAAGCAAGAUGAUUUCUUCUUUUUUCAACGCUCAACAGUGCAAGAUUGUAUUAUAUAACCAGAAACUGUAACGCCUUUAUGAGCAAGCAAGGUGGAAAUUGGGAAACUUGAGAUGGAGUUAGAUCAAGAGCUUGGAGCUAAUGAGUUGUUUCAAGCUCAGUGUCAUAUAUAUAAACACAUGUACCACUAUUUAGAAUCCAUGUCGCUAAAAUGUGCUGUUCAGCUAGGAAUCCCUGAUAUAAUCCACAAACAUAAACAACCUAUUACCCUUCGGGAGUUGGCUUCUGAUCUUCAAGUUCCUCCAACAAAAGCAAACUGUCUGCAGCGAGUCAUGCGAAUACUGGUGCACUCCGGCUUCUUUGCUACAAACAAAAUACAUGAGAAUCAAGAAGAAGAAGGUUAUGUUCUUACAACUUCUUCUAGUCUCUUGCUCAAAGAUAGCCCCACCAGCUUGUCUACCAAUGUUCUAGCAAUGCUCGACCCUGCGCUGGUAACUCCAUGGUUUUCCGUUGCCGACUGUUUCCAAGGGAACGAGCUCACCCCAUUUGAAACUUAUCAUGGAAUGAAUUUUUGGGAAUAUGGGAAGAAAAAUCAUGAAUUUAUCAAUUCCUUGAAUGAGGCCAUGGCCUGUGAUUCUCAACUGGUGAGCUUGAUUUUUAAGGACCAUAAGGAAAUAUUUGAGGGAGUGGCCUCACUGGUAGAUGUAGGAGGUGGAACAGGAACUCUAGCCAGGGCAAUUGCUGAUGCAUACCCACAUAUGAAAUGCACAGUCUUGGACCUCCCACAAGUUGUUGCAGACAUGCCAGAGACUAAAAGCUUGAAAUUUGUUGCUGGUGACAUGUUUCAGUCUAUUCCUUCUGCAGAGGCGGUUCUGAUAAAGUCUGUUCUGCAUAACUGGAGCGACGAGGACUGCAUAAAGAUUUUGAAUCGAUGCAGAGAAGCUAUUGCCAGCACAGAAAAGGAAGGAAAAAUGAUACUCGUAGAAAUGGUUAUUAAUGACGAGAAAGAUAAAAGUAAUCUAGCAGAAACAAAGCUCUUUGUAGACCUGCAAAUGAUGGCUAUAUGCACCGGAAGAGAGAGAAACAAGCAAGAAUGGGCAAGACUCUUCUCGGAGGCUGGAUUUAGUCGCUAUAAAAUCACUGCUACUUGUGGGUUAAAUUCUAUCAUUGAGGUUUAUCCGUAGAGAGUCACAACUUCAUAUGAGUUUCUGGUUUGUUCCUUCAGGCUAGGAUUGCCGCAAUAGUUGAGCAAAUAAUGUACUUGCAGCUUAAUGCAAUGUCUACAAGCAGCUUAUAUAUCAUAUAAGCUGCGUUUCUAAUAUAUGCUUACAGAAGAAAUCCUUACGUAAA